GACCUUCACAUUUUCCCCACCUGGUUCUACAGUUUAUAAACUUCAUGGCGGUUUGGGAGAAUACGUGAUGUCUUAUGCCGUAGUUCUUAAGGGUGGGCCACCCUGGGGAUUUAGGAUCCAGGGUGGAAAGGAAUUUAAUGAGCCAAUUUCAGUCGCCAAGAUCAACCCAAACAGUAAGGCAUAUGUAGAAGGCAUCAAAGUAGGGGACUUAAUCGAAUCGCUGAACGGGCAGAAAACCGAGGGACUGUUACACAGCGAUGUCCAGCAACUUAUCAAGAUCACCAGUGGAGAGCUAGCAUUAGUACUCCAAAGAUCUGAAACAGCAGUCAUGAAUGGUCAAAUGAAUGGUGACCUUCACAACCAUUCUGUGGAGAAUAUCUCAGGGAUUUUCCGUGCCACCCCACGAAUGAUCGUGGAGCCACAAUGUGGAGGGAUUGCUAAAUCACCCAAUAAAACCAUGGAUACUAGUCGCUAUGGAGAUGGCCUUGCAUCUAAAUCUUUUUCUUCUGUUUGGUCCCCUAAGGGGGAGAUGACCACCAAGUCUUACAAACCCGUGUCCUUUGCCAACAAUCGGGUUGCCACGACAAACACCACCAACAGCACCACCUCUACUCGGCCAACCAUGUCAUCUUCCGUCACAAUUAACUCGAGUAUCGGUCAAAAAUCCAGAUCUGUCCCAUCAAGCCCUAGAUUUAGGUCCAAACUAAUGGUCCCUUUAUCACCCAAACCUCUGCACAGGAUCAGGGACCCAUCACAGGUAGAUGAACAGUCACAGACCAUCAUGUCUCUAUCACCAGAACCCCCAUCAAUGUUUGCAGACUCAAAGCCACGGGAAUUAAAAAUACAACACAUAACCGCCCCUAAAAACUUUCAGCAUAUGGGAUCUCCUCAAGGCAACCAACCAGCCACUAGAGAAAUCAAAAUAGAGCACCAUUCACCCUCAUAUGGAAGGGAGAUAAAAAUACAGAGAGCAACACCUCCAUCACAUGGAAAAAUCCACAAUGUGGCUUCUUCUCCACAAACCCCAACUUAUGUUAAAGUGGAUAAGGUGGAAGGGACACCUACCUCAGUGAUCAAUAUUGAGAACAGAAUUUCAGGCAUUGACUCCAAUCAACAGAACUUCUCAAGUGAGGCAACUUUCAUCCCUUCACAAGGUGACAAUAAUUUUUCUGCCAAGUUGAAUGUGUCAGAGGGUGCACAUUCUCCAAAAAAAGUUCAUGAAAUUCCAAUUAAAUACUCUUCUACUCAAAAACAAACGAACUCUGCAGAAUCACCAGUUAGUCACUCAACUCUAAAAGAGCAUCCUGUUAAAAUUGAACAGUCUGUUCCACAAGAAAAAUUUGUUCAUAUUGAACAAGCAGCUCCUUCGGAACAAAGAGUUGAAGUUGAACGUCCUGUUCCAAUUCAUCAUUCAUUCAAACAGGAACAUCCAGUUGCUCAUGUUAAGAAGUCAGUUGAUUUUAAAAGACACGUUCCAGUACAACAUUCAUUCAAAAAGGCAUCUCCUGUUCCCAUGGAACAGCCAAUUGAGCCAGUGGUGGUGGAGAGACCAGAUCCGAUACAGCAAACAUUCAAAAAGGAACGUCAACGUGAUCGUUCAAUGGAACUGGAAUGUCCUUUACCUGCAAAACAGAAUCCUCCCAGAGGCCACAAUCUUCCUUUAGAACCUGCAGUUCCUCUGACAAUUCAGACAUCAACAAGGAACUCCAUCACUGAGGAUACCAGGUCACAUGACUCGGGAAUAACAAGUCGAGGAUCCUCUUGGCAGAGUGAGAACUUUGGGAGAGGUCAGACUGGCAAUUACAGUCCAGGAUCAUAUGCAACUUUGCCUGUGAAGAAGUCGCAGCAGAAAGUGGUAACAGAACCAGAUUAUGAUGAUGCAGAGUUUCACUCUUAUUCAACUCUGCCGAAUUUCAAGAAAAACCAAGGGCAUAGAGGCUAUGAAAGUGAGGCUGAGGUUAGCAGGAGGGGUGACUUUCGAUCAAAAUGGGCCCCACAGAGAACUCCGCAAGCAAUAUCUGAGGGGUAUGCCACUGAUGUUGAUUUCUUUGUGAGGGAUAAUAGGAACAUAGGAAAAGCAUCUGCUAAACCUAAUAACAAACCUGUCCAGGUAGGAAAAGGUCCAAAACCAUUUGAGAGAGACUACAUGUCAGAUUUGAAUAACAUAACACAAGAGCUGAUGUCUGGUGUGGAUGCAUACUUUGGUUCCAAAGGAAAAUCUUCCCAGAAAUAUGAAGAAAAAGAUCCAAGUUUUAGAUCUGCAAGAGAGAAGAGUUUUACAUCUCCCAGAGACAAUCAAAGUUUUACUUCAUCAUUAGACAACCAGAGUAUAUCAACUUCAAGAGAAAUCCAUAGUGAAGACUCUAGCUUUGAUAGUAGUCAUAGAGAUCCAGCUCUGGAACCAAACCAGGUAGAUUUAGGGAAAAAGAUUGGGAGCUUAUUUUCAAGUCCAACGAAGCCAGUGGCGGAGACUUCUGACAAUGAAAGCUACCCACAUUUACCAGUACCAGAGGGAUUUGAAGAUUCUGGAAGUGAGGCUGUGGUGGAAGAGCCAGGGGACAGAGGAAGGAUGCCAGGUCCCAGAUUUGUACAGCUACAAGUGCACCAUGAAGAAACUUCUCCCACCAUUCCGUACUGUGAUAAACAAGGUACAGUGGAUGACAAUCGAAAUGACUAUGGGCAGCAGCCAAAGCAUUAUAACAACCAAGAUCAAAGAGAACCUGAACACUUGUCAUACUUUGAACAGCAGAAAGCCAAAUCCCCCAAGUCCCCUACCUCUCCUCUGGUUAAAAGCACCCCUUCUGUAUGGAAACCAGGGCAGGGCCCAUCCCUGGUGAAGAAGGAGUAUAAACCGGUGCGACUAGAUACCUCACCAAAACCGGACAAACGCUUCAACCAAAAGAAAGAGGAGCAAAUAAUCACCCCACCCCCAGAGGAGAGUUUUACCAGUCGUUCUGUAGCCGAUGAUGACAGCAGUAUGACUGACAGUGUGUUGUCAGGUCAUUCAUAUGGGGUCCCCACCUUUACUACGGGAUCUCCCACUAUCAGCACAGACACAGCCCCAUUCAACAGUCUUGCCCCUCAUGGCCACAUGAACGGGGGUCGAGAUAGGGACUCGGACAGCCACUACCACAAAGAGGAACCCAGUGUCAGUCGAUUGCCUUCUACCCAAAGUCCCUAUGUGACACUGCUGCAGAAAAAUAGAGAAAAUGGCUUUGAGGAUUUGAUCUCGGACCAUCCACCUGUCUUAGUAACCCAGGAAGGGCAAAUUCCUAAAGGUGCAAUAUAUAUCUCAGAGCAAAGCUCAGUAAACGGAGGUUUGAAAACCACAGAUACGUACUAUGCAAUGCCUGCCAAAGAGGAAACCACAGAUUCCCAAAUUGUAGAGAGAAAACCAAAGAAAUAUGAUGGAAUCGGACCAGUGGAUGAGAAAGGAAUGCCAUUGGCCUUCAGAAUGAAUGUUGAUGAAGAAAAACAGCACGACUGGUACAAACAGAUGUUUAAGAGUCUUCACAAAACCAACAAGAAAGAAGAUCUGGAAGAGUUGGCUAGACUUAUGGAAUUUCUUUUUCGAGAUGCAGAUUCAAAUGAAUACAAACCAACAUACAAGUUUCCAGAGGAGAAAGAAGUACCCAAACCUAUAGAUCCUGAACCUCCUAGUCCUAAACUUGUUGUUAAAGAAGAAAUCAUAACUAAAAAAAAUCCCUACCGCCCAAGUUAUGAACUCCCAUCCAAAUUCACAAGCUCUGCCACUCUAGAAAAGUCAUCCACCCCACCUGCAAAAUCUCCAUCAGUGGCUGAUGCCAAGAGGUCAUUCGAAGAGAAGAGGGACACAUUUACAGGGAAAGCUAAACAUGACAUUGAUGCUGGAUAUAGAUCUGAACCUGAACUCAACUACAGAUUGAAACAAAGAACAAAGAGUUUGUCAGAUGUCAAGAAUAGAGAGCCUCGCUCAAUAGACUAUGAAAUGCCUAAAGACUUACAAGAUUUCAUCAAAUAUUUGGAUGAGUGGUCACCACCACAUGUUCGUUCAAGGAUCGAGGUUUACAGGAACCAACCACGCAGUAUUGUAGAUUACGAACCAGGCUUCUCAUCUAUUGCCUUUCAAGAGACCAAAGUGAGUACCACAGGGAGGAUAAGGUCUAAAUCUACUAGUACCCCCUUCGCUACCUUUGAGAAUAAGUGUCGGGAGGAACAAAAACAACAGGGUAUUGUCCACAAUCCACCCAUAGAGAAGCCGGGACAGUUUAGUAGAUACACUGAGGGAAAGAAACAAGGAUCCACCCCACUGAAUCUCAAGGAUGAGGAGGAUGGAGACACAGCAGAACUCUACAAGAAAGUCCAGAAAGGGGGAGAUAUUCCCAUCAAAGGCCUGCAAAAGCCCGCCCCAGAGAAACCAUCUAAACGGAAAGUGGAACAGGACCAGGCCAUGCCUCCAAAAGUCCCUCCUCCUCCCCACUCACCUCAGCCACAACUCAUUCCUCAUUUCUACAAUAUAUAUGAGCCAGUCGUUUUCAGUGUUGAUAACCACCCUGACUCAACCUUCAUUAAUGGGGCCCCUGCCCCUCCUGUCAGGAAGCACCCUAUCACAAUAGGAGGUUACAAGUUGCCACGGCAACGUAGUAGUCUCUCGGCGGCAGAACAGCUAGGGGUUACAAGUCCUUCCCCAUUCAAAUCCAAUGGAGCCUUCAAGCACCCGACGACUGAUCAGAAGAAAGCCACGAUGAUCACAGAUCCCAGAUAUUUACGACGGAAAGAAGAAGAGGAAGAGUACAGGAGAAUGCGACUGGAACAGCUUUACAAUGAGGAAAGAAGACGCAAAAUACAGCAAGAAGAGGCCGAUCUGGAAGCCAGACGACACAACGAUUUUUUCACCUACCCUAAUAACAUAAAUCAAGACCCCACCAUGACUCCGUCUCAGAAAUCACCAAUACCAGCUGACCGAUUUGACGAACCAUUAAAUGUCACAGCAAACUAUGGAGUCCCAGCAGAACGAAGGAGAGGCUUCCAAAUUCAGGGCAAGGCCAAGGCUUUAUAUACCUUCAAUGCUCAAAAUCCCAGGGAACUUUCAUUUAAGAAAGGUGAUAUCUUGUACCUACUUCGUCAAGUGGAUAAGAACUGGUUCGAGGGAGAGCGUUUUGGGAGAAAAGGAAUUUUCCCAUUCAACUAUGUGGAGGUGUUAACAUCAAUAGAGCAGGCCCAGGAAGCUGCCAGGCAGGCAGAAGGGCAGGCCCGGGCCAGAUUUAACUUCAAUGGACAAACUAAUGUGGAGUUAUCCUUACGCAAGGGAGAAAUAGUAACUUUGUUAAGGAGGGUUGAUGAGAAUUGGUUUGAAGGCCGAUCUGGAAACCGCCAAGGAAUAUUUCCUGUGGCGUAUGUGGAGGUGUUAAACGAGCCCUCCACUCCUCUGGUGACCCCAGCACCCUCAGUUAUCACUACACCAAUGACAGGUAGAGGCACACCAGAGAUGUUAUCCCCUGUGAGUAUGGAGGCCCCCACUCCUCCACCGCAGCCCUCCCCAGGAGCUUUCUCACCUAAAUCACCAGCAGCCUACAGACACGGAAACCGACAUAGCGACAUUACGCCCCAUCACGUGCAAGGCUAUCACUCAAGCCCUGGACUAGAAAAGACAAUGUCCCCACGUUACUAUGAUAAAAUGGACAAUGGACACGCCCCUCAGUACAAUGGGGGAGAUUCUUAUCAGUAUUCACAACAACGAUCGCGGCAGAGUCCCGGGACGAGCCGAGGUCCGCUGUCCCCCGUAAAUACAGACAGACAGAUGGGAUACUCUCCCAGUGCUAACAAAAACUAUGUGGAGAACAAUAAUGAUUAUUAUAGGAGUAAGAAUGUAGACGAGGAUUUAGCCUUAAGUAGAGAAAUGCUUAAUUUGAUGGUAGUGGGGAAUGUGGUAUAUGAACGAUAUCGGGCUAUUUAUGCAUAUAAACCUAUGAAUGAUGAUGAGUUGGAAUUAUGGGAGCAAGAUGAAGUUUAUGUAAUGGAAAAAUGUGAUGAUGGAUGGUACGUUGGAACUUCCUGUCGGACAGGAAUGUUUGGAACCUUCCCAGGAAAUUAUGUACAACGAAUUCAAUGACACAAGGAUGAAGUUCUGUUGACCAUUGACAACUUUCAUCCAAUCAAAGUCGCAUCAUAGGAAUCCAUAUGAGGGACAGAUCAUAUGCCACAGGACUGUCAAAGUUGCCAGAUGUUGACAUAGUUCCCUACAACUCGCCUCCAACUGUAGUUAAUCAGUUUGAUUUUUCUCCUAUAAUUAGGAUGAGAAUAUAUAUAUAUAUCUAUCUAUAUAUAUUUAAAAAGAAUAAUCAAUAUUUUUUAUCUGUACAAUGAAUAUUUUUAAAUGAUUAAUUUUGGUUGACAGAUGAAAAAUGUGUUCAACACAGAAUGCAUUUACAGGAAGUUGUUUUACACUGGGCAUAAAGAUGCAUUUGUUUGUUGUAUAUUGGAAUGGAAAGUGUGUUAUUCGUAUUUUCAACGUGUUCUGAAAUACUGGUGACAAUCUUUUACCAAUGUAGACUGUAUUGAAUGAAGUAAAAUGUGGUGAUCGUUGUAAACUGAUGGCAUUUAUCGCAGAAUGGAAAAAAAGAUUGAGUCAUCCUUUUUCAAAGAGGCAUUUAGUCCCAUCAACAAAAAAUUGUACCUGUACAACCACAAUACUCAGUCAUAUAACAUCGCCAUCCAACAUGAAAUGGUUUAAAUUUUAUGAGCAUUUUUAUCUACAAAUUAAUAUCCUUGGGAAGUCCUAUAUGCUUUUGUAGCAUUGUAACAGAAAAGCUUUUGUGAUUUUGUUGUGAAUGGAAUGAGUGAAGAAUAGAGUGCUUUCAGGUGAAUGAUGUAUUUUAUACAUUUGAUAUGUAGAUUGAAAAUAUAAAUUGGUGUAAUUCUACAAAAUGACUUAAUGUGUCACUUUUUUUCAUCAGACACAUCUGAACUGUUGAUUUUUAUAUAUAUAGUAUUUUGUAGUUGUGAAGGAUUUUCAUUGCAUGCUGAGGAUUUUCUGAUUGUUGGUUAUAGGUUUUCGGAGAAAAAAAUAAUUUACACACUAGAGAGAGAUUUAUUAUUGUCUGGAUUCAUAUAAACAUGCUUUCUCAAAAUUCAUGCUAAAUCUACAAAGUAUCUCUUUGUUGUAGAAUUACUUUUGCUUGUCAUGAGUACUGGGAUAGUUUUUUCGUACAUAUAUUGUUACUACUCAACUUUCGUUGGGUCAGGUGGAUGCUAGAAUCCAAAUUGUGCAAUAAAACUUCACCUGUUGUAAAACUAAAGACACAAAAAAGUAUUAUAUAUAAUCUCCUAUUGUUUUCGCCCUGCUUAUUGUUUAAGUAUAUACUGCAUUGUCCAACUUUCUGAAAUGAAAGUAGAUAAGAGUUAUCCUCCCUGAUCCAACAAGUUUCAUUUUCGAACAUUUCGUCCGUUUUUUGUACCUCACCUCAUUUUGGUUGUGUUUGAUUAUAAAGUAAAUUUUGUUGGAUGUUAGAUCAUAUUUAUGUUACGUGUUUCAUUUUUAUUAGCAUAUUUGUUAAUAUUUCAUUAAGUUAUUUAUAAAAGUAGCAUGUCUCUAUGACAACCAUGCCCUAUUACAUUGUUCUGACCUUGCCACAUAGUUUUAGUCAGUAUGUAACAAGGUCUUUUCUCGGUUUCUCCCGUUUUCGUUUCAAUGGGAGAUCGACACAUUACUUAGUGAACAAUCAAAUUUGAAAUAUGAACUGGAGUGCCUGUAAUAAUCUAAUAUUACUAAAGAUACUUGUAAAUGCAUGUUACAAAUUUUGGAAUUUUCAGACUGUCAUGUUGUCAUGGAGGCUGGUCUGCUGAGCAGGAUAUUUAGUAGCUGUGCCUACAGUAGCCAUGGAUAUACAUUUUAUACACAACCUUUUUGUUGCUACCAUAGAUGAACCUUUUUUUGGUGCAUGAAAUAAAAACUAAUGUCUAGAA